AUGCUUCAGCCGGUUCGUUUGCGAGCGUCAGCAACCUGGGUCAAAAUUCGUUCGCCACUUCCUCCAGCGACGCGUUCAUCAGCAGCCAAGCAAACGGUAAUUUCGGCGGAAUCGCAGGUGCAGUCGCAAGUGGCUGCACAGACGAUCGGACAUGGAGACUCUUCGGCGAGCGCCAACGCGGCCGCGAUUUUAACGGGUCUCCUGCAGGAAAAUGACGGAACUUACGUGAACGUAGAUGCGUUGGCAAACAUCUUAGAUACCCUGUCGAAGACGCAGACUUCGGUGGAGUCAAGCGUGAAUAGCUCCGUCAGGCGGAAAUUCUACGUGAGGAAUUACUCGUCUUCCUUGUCGUCGUCGUCGUCUUCGUCCUCGUCGUUCAGCAGCAGCAGUUUAUCGUCGAAAUCGGGAGCUUCAACGGAAUCCAAUACCGAAUUGAAGAUUAUCGCCAAGACAGAAGCCAAGGCCGCUUCGAAGGCAGCAGUAGCCGCUCAAGCGGUGGCGCAAGUUCAGGCGAAGGUGACCGCCCGCGCCGAGCGGAAGCCAACAGCGGUGAUUGCAGCGGAGGCGCGAGCGAAAUCAAAAGCGAAGGCGGAGGCUGAGACACGAACGGAAACGGAAGCGUAG